AGACGGCAAUGCCCCUCUUUCCCCUCCGUCGUGUUCCAUUCAAACUUGGUCCUUUUUCCUCUCGAUUUUCUCCAGCUCUUCGUUCUUCUAUCUCCUCUCGCCGUUUCUUCUACGGCCAUAUUAGUGAUUCCAAAAUGGCGCCCUCUUUAGAGCCCUUUUUCAAGCAGGUCGACGACUCGUCCAACGAUUUCAUCGAUCGUCUACGGAAGGCAGUUGCGAUCCCAUCUAUCUCGGCACAAGAUGAGAACCGACCGGAUGUGUUCCGCAUGGGACAAUUCCUUGCCGACGAACUCACAGCUCUCGGAGCCGAGGUCGAGCAGCGUCCACUGGGCAAGCAGCCUGGCAAAGAGCACCUCGAGCUGCCACCCGUGGUGGUGGCAAGAUACGGCAACGAUAAGAACAAGCGUACCAUUCUCGUCUACGGACACUACGAUGUGCAACCUGCUCUGAAGGAAGACGGCUGGGCCACCGAGCCCUUCGAAUUGACCAUUGAUGAGAAGGACCGGAUGUAUGGCCGUGGCUCUACCGAUGACAAGGGACCCGUUCUGGGCUGGCUCAAUGUCAUCGAUGCCCACCGCAAGGCUGGUAUCGAGUUCCCCGUCAACUUGUUGUGCUGCUUCGAGGGAAUGGAGGAGUAUGGAUCUGAGGGUCUGGAUGACUUCAUUCAGGCUGAGAGCAAGAAGUACUUCAAGGACACCGACGCCGUUUGUAUCUCUGACAACUACUGGCUCGGCACUGAGAAGCCCUGUCUCACCUAUGGUCUGCGCGGCUGCAACUACUACUCCAUCAGCAUUUCGGGUCCUGCUCAAGACCUCCACAGUGGUGUCUUUGGUGGCUCUGCCCACGAGCCUAUGACUGAUCUGGUCAACGUACUGUCCAAGCUGGUUGACUCCCAGGGUAACAUCCUGAUUCCGGGUCUCAUGGACCUGGAGGAGCAGACUCUCUAUGGAAACAUCAGCUACUCUAUGGACAACCUCCACGAGUCGUUGGGUGCCGAGACCGGUAUUCACCCCAACAAGGAGCGUACUCUGAUGGCCAGAUGGCGUUACCCCUCUCUGUCCAUCCACGGUAUCGAGGGUGCUUACUCGGCCCCCGGUGCUAAGACAGUCAUUCCCGCCAAGGUUAUUGGUAAAUUCUCUAUCCGCACUGUGCCCAACAUGGAGAGUGAAGAUGUGAACAAGCUGGUCUUUGAUCAUAUCAAAGCCGAGUUUGCCAAGCUGAACACCAAGAACACUUUGGAUGUUUGGCUGCAGCAUGAUGGCAAGUGGUGGGUCGCCAGCCCCAAGCACUGGAACUUUUCAGCUGCUAGCAAGGCUGUUCAACAAGUCUUCGGAGUCGAGCCUGAUAUGACUCGCGAGGGUGGAAGUAUUCCUGUCACAUUAACCUUCGAGCAAGCCACCGGCAAGAACGUCUUGCUCCUCCCCAUGGGAAGCUCGACUGAUGCUGCCCACUCUGUCAACGAGAAGCUUGACAAGAGAAACUACAUUGAGGGAACCAAGCUGCUGGGAGCUUACCUGCACUACGUUGCGGAAGAGUCUACCUCUUCAUAGAUAUAAUCAUAGAUUCAAUUUUU